GCGGGGACGGGGCGUGGUGGAGCCGGCGGGGCGGGGCCUCGGCCGAGCUCUUAGGGCAGGCUCUGCGCUCCGGCAGCAGAUCCGCGUCGUCGUCGUUUUGGCGUCUGUCACUUCUGUCGCCACCUCCUCUGCCACCAACCCUGGCCGCCACCAUGAACCCCGACCUGCGCAAGGAGCGGGCCGCCGCCACCUUCAACCCCGAGCUGAUCACGAACAUCCUGGAUGGCAGUGCGGAGAACACCCGGCGCCGCCGAGAAAUCGAGAACUUGAUUCUGAACGACCCGGACUUCCAGCAUGAAGACUAUAACUUCCUCACUCGCAGCCAGCGCUACGAGGUGGCUGUUAAGAAGAGUGCCAGCAUGGUGAAGAAGAUGAGGGAAUUUGGCAUCUCAGAUCCUGAAGAGAUCAUGUGGUUUAAAAAACUACAUUUGGUCAAUUUUGUGGAACCUGUGGGCCUCAAUUACUCCAUGUUUAUUCCUACCUUGCUGAAUCAGGGCACCACUGCUCAGCAAGAGAAAUGGAUACGUCCGUCCCAAGAUCUCCAGAUAAUUGGUACCUACGCCCAGACGGAGAUGGGCCACGGAACUCAUCUUCGAGGCCUGGAGACCACUGCCACAUACGACCCCAAAACCCAAGAGUUUAUUCUCAACAGCCCUACUGUGACUUCUAUUAAGUGGUGGCCUGGGGGGCUUGGGAAGACUUCCAAUCAUGCCAUCGUUCUUGCUCAGCUCAUCACUCAAGGGGAGCGCUAUGGACUACAUGCCUUUGUUGUCCCUAUCCGUGAAAUCGGGACUCACAAGCCCUUGCCAGGUAUUACUGUUGGGGAUAUUGGCCCCAAAUUUGGUUAUGAAGAGAUGGAUAACGGCUACCUGAAGAUGGACAAUUACCGCAUUCCUAGAGAGAACAUGCUGAUGAAAUAUGCCCAGGUGAAGCCUGACGGCACAUAUGUGAAACCCUUGAGUAACAAGCUGACGUAUGGAACCAUGGUGUUCGUGCGGUCCUUCCUCGUGGGAGAUGCAGCUCGGUGUCUGUCCAAGGCGUGCACCAUUGCCAUCCGAUACAGCGCUGUGAGGCACCAGUCUGAAAUCAAGCCAGGUGAACCAGAACCUCAGAUUUUGGAUUUUCAAACCCAGCAGUAUAAACUCUUCCCACUGCUGGCCACUGCCUACGCCUUCCACUUUGUAGGACGGUACAUAAAGGAGACCUACCUUCGAAUUAAUGAGAGCAUUGGCCAAGGGGACCUGAGUGAGCUGCCCGAGCUUCACGCCCUCACCGCUGGGCUUAAGGCUUUUACUACCUGGACGGCCAAUGCUGGUAUUGAAGAAUGUCGGAUGGCUUGUGGUGGGCACGGCUAUUCUCACAGCAGCGGAAUCCCAAAUAUUUACGUCACUUUUACCCCGGCCUGCACCUUCGAGGGGGAGAACACUGUCAUGAUGCUGCAGACAGCCAGGUUCUUGAUGAAAAUGUAUGACCAGGUGCACGCGGGGAAGUUGGUGGGUGGCCUGGUGUCCUACUUGAAUGACCUGCCCAGUCAGCGCAUCCAGCCACAGCAGGUGGCAGUCUGGCCAGCUGUGGUGGACAUCAACAGCCUGGACAACCUGACUGAAGCCUACAAGCUUCGUGCAGCCAGAUUGAUAGAAAUUGCUGCAAAAAAACUUAAGACUCACGUGAGUCACAGGAAGAGCAAGGAAGUAGCGUGGAACCUAACUUCCGUUGACCUUGUCCGGGCGAGUGAGGCACACUGCCACUAUGUGGCGGUUAAGCUGUUUUCAGAUAAACUCCCCAAGAUCCAAGACAAAGCUGUCCAGGCUGUCCUGAGGAACCUGUGUUUCUUGUAUUCUCUCUAUGGCAUCAGCCAGAAAGGAGGAGAUUUUCUUGAGGGGAACAUCAUCACAGGGGCUCAGAUGUCACAAGUUAACAAUCGGAUACUGGAGUUGCUCACCCUAAUCCGCCCCAAUGCUGUUGCUCUGGUGGAUGCCUUUGACUUCAAGGAUAUGACCCUCGGCUCUGUUCUUGGCCGCUAUGACGGGAACGUGUAUGAGAACUUGUUUGAGUGGGCCAAGAAGUCCCCACUGAACAAAACAGAGGUUCACGAAUCUUACUACAAGCACUUGAAGCCCCUGCAGUCCAAGCUCUGAGCUUUCCCCGGGACAAGUCUGAUUUGCUCCUGAAAGCAGCGUGAAAUCUCGUCCUUGAUUCACUAAUCCCUGUGAAACCCUCAUCAAAUUUGUACAGCUAUAAAGAAAUGAUGGCUUGGCCUUUUUCCUAAAGUAAAGAGAAAUGAGCAGACCGCAGCGCAGAAAUGAGAAAUUCUCUGUUUUCAGUGUGGUAACAGAGACUCCUAGGUGCUCAAAGUCUUCACGGCUGUGCUGCUGCUAAUCCCAGUAGGCCAUGACCUUGGGUGAUUAACAGAAUUUAACUACUAAAUUCUUAGUUAUUUUCACAUUUUUACUGCUAUUCACUGGAUCUAUGUUUUUUAAAUCAAAGGUGUUUUAUAAGGUGGAACUUUACAGGCUUUCCAGCCUAAAUGAUCUACACUAAGAAGGGUUGGGAGCGAGAAACGAAUAGAAGCCCUGACGUGGGGGUGUGGGGCACAUCUGCCUGCUGUGUGACUGUCGCUCCUGUAGACUUCAGCAUUAACACACCCAGCCAUAGGGGCCAUAGCGCGCACUGGGAGUGACUAUCCGUUCUGGGCUCCAGCUUUCCUGAUUGCACUGUCUCGCCUUUGGUCCCCGCUUUCUGACAUAAUUAAGCAUAUCUUUACUUAUUUGACCAUUGCCUGGAUGUUAAUCAUGGUGGCUGACUGUCUUCCCUUUCUUGCUUGCCUUCUCCUGAAAGACAUACUAAAGGCAAUAGCUAUUCCAAUUGAGUAUCAGGAGAGCCCUGGGGGCUGUGGCACGUCUGUAUUUUGGUGACUUUAUUAAAUGAAUUUCCUAGGACUAUGCAAAUUUGAAAGAUUUUGUCAUCUUGUCAUAUAAACCAUUAAAAUGCUUGGUGGUCAAGUAUUUGACAUAUAAAAGUAAAUCACUCAGAUCACCUUUUACACCCAGAAAUAACAGGAGACCCUUUGCCACAGCCAUGUGCUGUGGGUUCUAGUUCAGAAAAUGUAAUCGCUGAUGCGGUCUGAAGGAUGAGCAGAGGCCACAGCUAGUUUCUUGCUGUUGAGUACCUGGCUUUGUGGUAAGCCACUAGCAGCCAUACUGCGUGCUCAGCUGCUCCCUUCAGCUGCAGUGCAAUCUCUACAAUCAUUGUGCUCGAAGAUGGAAUGCACCUUUUGUGUGGGGUGCAUUUUUGUAUGGUAAUUUCUGUUUGGUUUGGUUUGUUUUGAGACAGGGCCCAGACUGGCCUUAAACUCAAUUCUCAGUCUCCCAAGAGCUGGAACUAUAGGUGUGUGCCACCAGGCCUGGCUAACAGGGACUCUUUAUUCUUAAAUCACAGUAGAGAAAACCUUUGAACCUGUUAGCUCUGUGUCUGUGGCAUCUGCAUCAUGAAAACAACUGAGAACAUAGUAAAUGGAGCAGAAGCAGCAUCUUGACGCUGACAUAAGACCAGUCCCAGGGGAGCUGAUAGCAUUAGAUUAUUGACGAGCCUUAGCCUUUCCCCUGCACAGCUGAUCACUGCUCAAGAUUGAAGGUGCGCACUGUUGCUUCAUUUGGGUCUGUUGACAGUAGUUCAUAUUCUGGAAAAUAAAUACAUCUGAAUGACUGAA